CAGCGCCCGCACCAACAUGAGCCGCGUCCUGCUCCUCGCCGCCCUGCUGGCCGCCUGCGCCGCGCUCUGCCGGGGGGCGCCCGUGACCGGCGAGCUGCGCUGCCAGUGCCUGCAGACCGCGUCCGAGCGCGUGGGCCCGCGGCGCCUGGCCCACGUGGAGCUCAUCGCCGAGGGGCCGCACUGCCCCGUGCCCGAAGUCAUCGCCACCUUGAAGGACGGCCGCAAGCUCUGCCUCAGCCCCGCGGCGCCCUGGGUCCAGCUCAUCAUCAGCAAGAUCCUCCAACGGGGGUCUGCCAUGCCGUGAGGGAAGAGGUAGAAGUGAAGAAGUAGCUACACCUGAGCCCAUCUGUGUUGGGAGGAAGACCUGAUACCAGAAAACUGUCAUGGUGACCUGCUGCUCAGCAGGGGCCUGAUCCACCAGGCGCUCCUGUGAUCCACCUCUCCAAGCCUCGGCAUAAUGCUCUUAUUUAUUGCAACCUGUUCUUACCUAUGUAUUUAUUAACACUACUAAGUAUUUAAUCCAUCUGUCCCCUGGGUAUCGCUGUUGGGCACAUGCCUUGUAUCUUGAUGCACUUCAAAUAGUUGAAGAAAUCUCUGACCUUGUUCUCUGUAAAUACUCAGCUGGUCGCUAGGAUUGAUCAAGAACAGUAGUGGCACAGGAGAAGACUGAUUACUAAUCUGCUGUCUCUUGUAGAUGAUUCCUUACUUUGGGGUGUCUGAUUCUUGCAGGUCUUGAGGGCUGAUACUGGGAACCAGUGCCUUUCACAUUGUGAAUGGGCAAACCACUAGAUUUUCAGAUCCUGCUGCUGGCCAGCACUUUGCACUUGCAUGUAGGGGCAUAAGUUUUUCAGGGUUGCAAAGAAUUGGAGCAAGCACAGUAAUACACUACAGUCCUAAAAUCUGUUGCCUUGUGAACCCAUGUAUUCCUUGGGGGCACAGGCUUCUUUGUCCAAUUGCUAGUCUAUUUUGCAAGCUAUCAUUGUUGUUUGUACAGUCCUUAAUCAUGGGCUGCGUUAAGAUGGCCAUUGCUCCUAAGUUUUUUCACAAUCUGAUCUUGCCUCACUGUAUUUAAGUGACCCACAUGAAUGUGUAACUUUUUUUUUUUUUAUUCACUAGUAUUUAGUGUCUUUCUUUGAUACUUCAUAAAAAGAACAUUUG